AUGUGCCCGCGUAAAUUAACUAGAAGGAAAUGGCCAAAUGAGACGCGGCAAGUUGGACUUGUACGACACAUCUUGUUUCUCACUUUCAUUGUCGCCUUUGUGGCUAGCUCAGGACGACUUUGGAUUACAUUACACCUCAUCAAAGUGUCCGGUUACUUGCAACAUGAAGGAGAUAAUGAUCCUAUCGUUGAUCCUUACCAAGAAUCGCCAAACACAAACACUAACGUAGCAGUUGAGAAUGGCUCCCUUCAGGAACACCCCAUCAGUUACUUCAGGCAGCUGUCGCUUGCAAACAAACAUGACAAGGAAGAUAUCCUAAAUUUACUACAAGACAACGCAAGAAUCCAAACGCUUACCGAAGAAGCCUAUCUUUCACUACCGACAUGGACUGAGGUGACCAACCUCUACGGAGACAAGCCAAGGACGGUAGGUCUCGAUCAGUGCGCUGCCUACACAUCACACUUGCAGACGAUUGCUGGAAGUCAAAAGGGAAUCGCGGUUGCCGGCCUCUUCAACUCUGGAACGCAUUUCCUUCAUGAAUUGCUGUUGACAAACUGUAACAUCCAAUUCGCGAAUGGAGAAAAACGAUACGUCGGAAUUCACAGCAAGACUCCCUGGGGAAAACACAAUCCACCGCAUAGAAGCCUCUUGGAAGAGAAGGACCCUCAAAGACAAACACUGCCCGUCGUGACGAUCCGAGAUCCUUUCCGAUGGAUGGCAAGCAUGUGCCGGUCGCCGUAUAACGUGAAUUGGCCAUUGAACAACCAACAACAUUCAGUACCUACUAGGCAUUGCCCAGCUCUCGUCCCAACACCUCAUGAUGACCAGCUAUUGAAAAAUCUCGGUGAGGUUCCUCUGGUUGUCAACAGUACAUCUCACUACUUUCCAGCAACAGUAACAUACUCAAAAGAAUCCAUAUCAAAACACAACUCCUUGCUGCAUUUAUGGCAAGACUGGUAUAAUUCCUACUUGGAUCUACAGGCUCCACGCCUAAUGGUCCGCAUGGAAGAUCUGAUCUUCUUCCCCGAUCAGGUUGUACCCAAGCUGUGCCAAUGCGCUGGUGGCAGUCUGAUCAAGUACAACAAGGGAGGAACGGUGUUGGUCCCAUCAGGCUCUGCCAAAGGCCUUCGUGGAGAUCCGUCAAGUAGGGUGACUGGCUAUUUGGAUGCCAUCGUCAAAUAUGGGACUGCAUCGAAGCGAUUCGGUGGAAUGACAGAAGACGACCUGGCCUAUUUCUAUCGGCAUCUGAACUCGAACCUGAUGGGAGAGUUCCAGUAUCCGUAUCCUGAGAAGUAG